GAGAGAGAGAGAGAGAGAGAUAGAGAGAGAGAGAGAGGGGAUGGAUUUUCUGCAAUGGAGAGUUCUUCCUCUGCUAACGCUUCUUGCUUCCUUUCCACUCUUAUAUUUCAAAACUUUCUCGAAGCUGUCAGCCAGUGACUGUAGCCUUCUUCCUUAUGACCGGUAUUGGAUCUCCAGCAAGCGCAUUGUUACACCAAAGGGGAUAAUAUCUGGUGCAGUUGAGGUGAAGGGAGGGAACAUUGUCUCUGUGGUUAAAACAGAGGAUCUGAAUGGAAAAGUUAGAAGCGCACAAGUGGUUGAUUAUGGAGAUGCUAUUGUCAUGCCUGGCUUGGUUGAUGUACAUGCACACCUUGAUGAACCCGGAAGGGCAGAAUGGGAAGGAUUUUCAUCUGGGACUAAAGCAGCUGCUGCUGGUGGUAUAACAACACUUAUUGACAUGCCCCUUAAUAGUUAUCCCUCAACAGUAUCUGAGGAAACACUUAGACUCAAGGUUGAGGCAGCAGAAGACAAACUCUAUGUCGAUGUCGGUUUCUGGGGAGGCCUAGUUCCUGAGAAUGCAUUCAAUGCAAGUGCUUUGGAAGGUCUCCUGAAUGCAGGUGCUCUUGGUUUGAAGUCCUUCAUGUGUCCUUCGGGGAUCAAUGACUUUCCCAUGACAAAUUCAAGCCAUAUAAAGGAGGGACUGCAUGUACUGGCAAAGUACAAAAGACCACUACUUGUGCAUGCAGAGAUUCAAGUAGAUACUGAAAGCCAUCCAGAGCUGAACGAUGGUAUUGGUGACGCUCGAUCUUAUUCAACAUAUCUCAGGACUAGACCUCCUUCAUGGGAGGAGGCAGCUAUCAGAGAACUAUUAACAGUAACAAAAGACACAAGGACUGGUUGGCCUGCAGAAGGAGCUCAUCUUCACAUUGUUCAUCUAUCUGAUGCAAGAUCUUCCUUGGAUCUCAUUAAGGAAGCAAAGAGUAGUGGCGACAGUUUAACUGUUGAAACUUGCCCCCAUUAUUUGGCGUUUUCAGCAGAAGAGAUUCAGGAUGGGGAUACCCGUUUUAAAUGUGCUCCACCUAUCCGUGAUGCAAACAACAAAGAAAAACUGUGGGAGGCUUUGCUGGGAGGAGACAUUGACAUGCUGAGUUCUGAUCAUUCACCAACAGUGCCAGAGCUUAAGCUUCUUCAUGAAGGUGACUUCUUAAGGGCAUGGGGUGGCAUAUCAUCUUUGCAGUUUGUUCUUCCUGUGACAUGGUCUUAUGGGAAAAAGUAUGGUAUGUCUUUGGAUCAAUUAGCUUCAUUGUGGAGUGAGAGGCCUGCUAAACUUGCAGGGCUAGAAUUCAAGGGAGCUAUUGCAACUGGAAACCAUGCGGACAUUGUGGUAUGGGAACCUGAUGCCGAAUUCGAACUUGAUGAGAACCAUGCUACACACCUUAAGCAUCCUAGUAUCUCAGCCUACAUGGGAAGAAGACUAUCUGGAAGGGUUUUGGCAACAUUUGUGAGAGGGAACCUUGUCUACAGUGAAGGGAAGCAUGCUACCACUGCCUGUGGCGUUCCAAUCCUUGCAAAAUAAAUUGGUAAGGAACACUUACAUAGGAUUUCGCCACAUUUUGAAAUGAACAGGUACUCACCUCUGCUGGAAAUACUUGAGAAUUGCGAUUUCGUGACAGAUGUAGAGCAGAAAAUAGGAUUCUGCAUUGAUUGUAAUCUUUCAGUAAUCCUUGAUCGGGCUAGUGAAGAUCUGGAAAUCAUUAGGUUAGAAAGGAAGAGAAACAUGGAGAACCUAGAAUCUCUACUGAAGGAAGUAUCCAUUAAGAUUUUCCAGGCUGGAGGAAUUGACAGCCCAUUGAUUACCAAGCGUCGGUCAAGGAUGUGUGUUGGUAUCAGGGCUUCCCAUAAAUCUCUGCUUCAAGAUGGUGUAGUUCUGGACAUCAGCAGCUCUGGAGCAACAUACUUUAUGGAGCCAAGAGAUGCAGUGGAGUUGAACAAUAUGGAAGUAAGGCUUUCAAGGUCUGAGAAUGAUGAGAAGCUAGUAAUUCUUAGCUUGCUUACAUCUGAAAUAGCGGAAUCGGAAAGAAAGAUUAGAUAUUUGUUGGAGAAAAUUCUAGAAGUGGAUCUUGCUUUUGCUAGAGCUGCUUAUGCUCAGUGGAUGAAUGGGGUCUGCCCAAUUUUAGGUCCCGAGGGCAGUAAUGGCUCCCAACCUAAUAAAGUUGAGAAUUCUUUAUCUGUAGAUAUUGAAGGUAUUCAACAUCCCUUGCUCCUCGAGUCUUCUCUAAGAAGUAUGUCCACUGAUCCAGUAUUAGAAUCUGGGAGUUCAAUUGGGUUGGAUAAGGGGAACAGAACAAUGGAUCCUGGAAUAUUGUCAGAAGGUGGAUCUGACUUUCCCGUGCCCAUAGAUAUCAAGGUUGGGCAUACAAUUAAGGUGGUUGUCAUCUCAGGACCUAAUACUGGAGGCAAAACUGCUUCGAUGAAGACUUUGGGGUUGGCUUCCCUUAUGUCAAAGGCUGGUAUGUAUUUGCCUGCUAAAAGCUGCCCAAGGCUUCCUUGGUUUGAUCUUGUUCUGGCAGAUAUCGGGGAUCACCAGUCGUUGGAGCAAAAUCUCUCCACCUUCAGCGGGCACAUCUCACGUAUCUGUAAAAUACUUGAAGUGACCUCCAAACGAUCACUUGUUCUCAUUGAUGAAAUUGGGAAUGGGACUGAUCCUUCAGAAGGCCUGGCUCUAUCUGCCAGCAUCUUGCAGUAUCUCAAAGAUCGGGUCAACUUAGCUGUGGUGACUACUCAUUUUGCGGAUUUAAGUUCUUUAAAAGAGAAGGAUCCUCUAUUUGAGAAUGCUGCAAUGGAAUUUUGCCUGGAGACUCUGAAACCUACCUAUCGCAUUCUCUGGGGAAGCACAGGUGAUUCCAAUGCUUUGAGUAUUGCAAAAUCAAUUGGCUUUGAUCAAAAAGUGCUUGAUCGUGCACAAAAGUGGCUGGAAAGACUUAAACCCAACAACCAAACGGAGCGAAAAGCUUCGCUUUAUGAGUCACUAAUGAGGGACAAGAGCAUGUUGGAAGCUCGGGCCAGGAGAGCUGUGUCUCUUCGUUCAGAAAUUAUGGAGCUUUAUCAUGAGAUCCAAGGUGAGGCUGAAGAUCUUGAUCAACGUGUGGCAGCUCUAAAAGCGAAGGAAACCCUGCAAGUCAGACAUGAUGUGAAGGCUGCAAAAUCUCAGAUAGAUGCCGUGGUCCAGAACUUUGAGAACCAACUCAGAAGUGCAAGUCCUGAUCAGUUUAAUAUAUUAAUAAGGAAAUCAGAAGCUUCUAUUGCAUCCAUUGUUGAAGCUCAUUGUAGAAGUAAUGAUUUCGCAAUCCAAGAAACGAAUAGUAGUUCUGAUAAACCACAAAUUGGAGAACAAGUUCAUGUAAUGGGAUUAGGAGAUAAGUUGGCCACAGUAGUUGAAGCACCUGGGGAUGAUGGGACCAUCCUAGUCCAAUAUGGGAAAAUGAGGGUCCGUGUGAAGCAGAGUAAUAUUAAAGCUCCUCCAAGUAGAGAAACUACUAGCUCAGCCACACGCCGAAAAAGGCAGGGUCAGCCUCGUAAAAUUCACAAGGAGAGUACAGCAGAGGCAAACAAAGAUGAGGAGUUUUCUUAUGGACCAGUGGUACAGACAUCAAAGAACACUGUGGAUCUACGUGGAAUGCGGGUUGAUGAAGCUUCUCACCAUCUCCACAUGGCUAUUGCUGCAAGUAGGUCUCGUUCAGUUAUCUUUGUCAUUCAUGGUAUGGGUACGGGUGUUGUUAAGGAGCAAACACUUAAGAUACUAAGCAACCAUCCACGCAUUGCUAAGUUUGGACAAGAAAGUCCAAUGAACUAUGGUUGUACUGUUGCCUACAUCAAGUAGGGAUUACUUCUUUUUACAAU